CCCUGUGAUUCCAGCCUGGCUCCAAAUUUCUCUCCUGAGCCAUCUCAAAGGAUUCUCUGUCUAACGUGCAGGGAGGGCUCCACCAGUGACUUGGUGCCACCGGUUCCCUUGAGACCUAGCUCCUGGCUUUUGAUGGAUUAAUCCUUCACUUCUCAGGCCAUGGGAGAACCGGAGAGGAGAGCCUAGGAGCACUGGGUACCAGCUCCCGCCCCUGCGAAUGUUGGGCACUUUGUCUCCAGUGUUCAGCAGUCGGCGACAGCGGCAGCCCCGCGCAGCCCGGGACUUGGCAAGCCCUUGCCAGCGCGCGCUCCUCCUCCUGCGGCCUGGCCCAGCCCGGCGCAUCUCGGAGGACACUGAUGCUCCGCUUGCUCGGCAGAGUCAUGUCAUUCUCGCCUAUGCCGCCUCCGCCGCCGCCACCACCACCGCCCGCCCGAACCCAGGGGGGGCCCGCCGCACGCCAGCUAUCCCGGAGACCCUGCGGGCCGCCGGCAGCCUCGCCGCCCGCCCCUGCGGCCGCCGCCGCGGGCGAGAAAAAGAGGAGGCCGCCCGAGAUGCUACUCUCCAGCUCCUGGCCCUCCGCCACCCUGAAGAGGCCCCCGGCACGGCGCGGCCCGGGCUUGGGUCCCGGCACCCCGCAGCCCCCUACCUCCGCACGCGUCCCGCCCCAGCCCUCUCCAGGCCGUGGGGGGACCUCGGCCACGUGCUCCGCGCCCCGGCGGAUCGCCUGCAGCCACAUCCCAGCUGGAUCCACCGCCUCGGGGACCUCGGCGGGGGCGGGGGCUGGGCCCGAGGACGCCACACGCUUCUCCUUGAGCCUCACCCCAGAAGCCAUCCUGGUCAUCCAGAGGCGCCACCUGGAGAAGCAGUUGCUGGCGCGACCCCGAAGGCCCUUCCCCGCGCCCUCGGCUGAUCCGCGGCGCCCACUGGUCCCCUGUCCCCGGACCAGGUCUUCGACCCUGCGGAGGGGCGGUCCCACCAGUGUCCCCGACGCGCCUCUAGCUGUGGCUGUCAGCAGCCGCCCACCCCGUGCCUCGCUGCUGCCAGGAGGUCUGCAGGCCACUAUGCCCAGCCCGCGCCCCUCCAGCCUGCGCCCAGUGCUCAAGGUGUCGCUGCUCAAUGAGAAGCACAAGUAUGAUGAUGAGGAGUACGAGGAGGAGGUGGAGGUGGUGGACGAGGGCCUCGUGCGCAAGUGCACCGAGUGGCUGCGUGGGGUGGAGUCGGCGGCAGCUGCGAGGGGCCGCACUGGGCAUCUGGACUCGCUGCCACACCUGAGCACGCUGUGAGCUGGGUGAGCCUGUGGGACCCAGCCUUGCUCGAGGCCCACCGCCGCCUCCUGCGCUCUUUGCACACCUGGGCUCGGGUGAACCAGGUAGGCCAGCAAGGGACAGGACUAUUGCCUGGAACCUCAUCCAGGUGUGCUUACUCAUGAGUGACCCACAGUCUUUUCUAACGCCCACCACCCACCUCCUGUGCAAUUAGGUCAGUGUGGGACACAGCAGACUCACCUGACUCCAGCAACUGUCCCGUGCUCCUCCUGCUCCCCUGUGGGGAGGAAGGACCUGUGAAAUGCCUUCUAACCUCCCACCCUAACUAAGGAUUGGACCCAGAGGUCCUCUGCCCCAGGUGGCGUCCCACUUCCUGGGAACUCUGCAAGCCUGUGACCACUGAGGGUGGAGUGGUCUUCUGUUGCAGAGCUAGGACAUGGUGCUAUGUAUAUGAUCUGUUUCCUUACAAACCAGCAAGUCGGGUACUGGAAACUCUGGUUAACUAAAACUUGUAAUCCAGCAGCCUUGCAGCAGUGUUCUAUUGCCACUGGGUGAAACUGGAGGACUUGUGCUCCCCCUGCCAGCUGAGCACUCAGCAUCACACACACACACACACACACACACACACACACACACUCACACACACACACACUCACACACACACACACACACGCCACUCCCCUGUCAAUGCCCAGACACACUCAUGCCACUAGCAGUCAUGUGUCCACGCAUGCAUACAUACACAGCUAACCACACAUGCCCAUGAUAACACAUACAUCGACACUCUCACAGACAAGUGGAUACAUGGCCAUGUGGAGGGAGUCACAGCCCCACGCAGGUGUCUCCCGGGGCACAGCUAGAAAUGUUUUCAAGAGUUGGAUCAAAGUGGGGACAGGAGUCAGGGCUGCUGCCUAGUAAGAAUGCAGUUUUUGUUUGAGGGCACAGUAAGGUCUCCCUCACUAGCUAGGGAAGGAGCUUAUAAGCACAGCGAAGAAAAGUCGUUGGGUGGAAAGCAAAGCAGGGCAAGUCUGCCCACCGGAGCGUUUGAGGCAGAAGCAGGAAGUAGCGGAGGGCGAGGGCAGGUGUCUUUCAUCACUGUGAAGAUCAGUGACAUAGAAGUUCUAUAAGCUGUAAAUACUGACUUUUUACAUUCUGUUGAUUGUUUGAAGGGAAAACUGUCUCUUAGUAGCCGAGCCCUUCCCAUUAACUGGAGGACGAGUCUUUUGUAUUUCUUCUGUGCCUGAGUGGAUUUAACCCCAAGGAUGAGGAGGAAGUGUUUUAUUUCUAAUCAGAUAAGGUUGCCCAUGGAAACAUAAUGCAUUACCUCAAUUGUUUUAUUUCUUAUGCAAGUCAAUAACCAGUUUAAUGUUUGUCUUGUUAGACUUUAACGUGUCAGUUCUCAACUGUAUUUUAAAGCAAAGCCUUACACUUUUAAAGACGAAUUAUAUAUUUUCCUUGUAGAGAUCUUUGCUUUCUCUCUCUGUCUCCGUCUCUUCUCUUUCCUUCUUGGCUCAAGCUUUGCCAACCAAGAGGCCUCGGUUUAGAAGGAGCUACAUCAGACACCGGAUGAGGUUUUUUUUUUUUUUUUUUUUUUUUUAGCUUCUUAUUGAUUUUAAAUGGUUAAUGCCAAAGGGGGAAAAUUAGCAAAAUUGGUGGGGGUGGGGGGAGGGAGAGGGCUGUUCCUCCAGGCAGGUCAGGUGGAGAGAGCACUGCCUCUGCCCCAAGCCUGGCACAGCAGGGCUCCGCCCUGUCUGCACUCAUCACUUCUGCCAGUACUUGACAUGCUCAGCACCCUGCCCUCCGCAGCCUUAACAACACCGGAAAGAGUUCCUGGUACCUCCUAAAGGAGUGGCCUCUAGGGAGACCUUCCUCUAUCUUUGUCCUUCAUGUAGGUCUGCAUACCACUCUGUCCAUCCCUGUCUGUCUGGUUUGCUUUUCCUCCCUCGAUGUCUCCUCCAGGCAGCCCUCCCCUCUCCCUUUCUAACUGGCCUCAGUGAGAAGCUCAGUAUGCUCUCCCUGGUUAGCGACUCAAAGGGGCUCGUGUGCCUGGCUCUUCACUUCAGAGAUGGCGGCAUGUUUGUGUUGGGUGGCCAACGACUCUCAGUAAGGAAAGGAAGGCCCGCACGUGACCUGUGAGGCCUCUUCCUCGUUGCUGACAUCCUGAGGACAGUUUUCUAAUCACUGUGCUACAAUUUCUUUAUGUUUAAAUAAAAAAAAAAAGUAACUGGA